AUGAAUAAAAGAAUAUUACCUGUAGCUAUAAUCACAGGGUCCACCGGACAUAUUGGUAGAGCUGUUAUAGAGAAGUUAACAAAACAAGGUAUAAGUUGUAUAUGUUUAGGGUCUAAAAAAUUAUCUUUAUCGUCAUUUUCAAUUUAUUCAUUACCCCUUCAUAAUGUUGUUAAGGGACAAAGACAUCAAUAUAUUUCAGUAGAUUUUACUAAGCCUUUGAACAUAGAUGAUUUAAAAGAGACUAAAUAUUCGGGGAUUGAGUUCUCCAUGGACAAUCACAGUCAUAAAAUAAAUAUGAAAGAGAAUAAUAAUUUAAAAUUGCUUGGAUAUAAAAAUUGGGAAGGAAAUAGUCUGUGCUUUAAACCAAUUUAUAAAUUACAACUGUUAAUAAAUCUAGUUGGUAUAAGUCAAAACCAAUUAAGUAUAAAGAUGUCAAGUGAGUCUAUUAAUAAAAUGAUAAAUAUUAAUCUGUUAAAUCCUAUAAUAAUGACACAAUUGGCAGCACGUGAAAUGCUAAAAGAUGCUAAAUAUCAUAUAUGUGAUGGUGAUAGUUAUGGUGAUAUAAUACACCAUCAUCCAUGCAUAAUUAAUGUAUCCUCAAUACUAGGUGAGAUUAAUAUAGAUGAUAAUAUCAAUAAUACAAGGUUUAAUGGGAUAUCCAUUUAUGGAUCCACAAAGGCAGGACUGAUACAAUACAGUAAACUGCUAAAUAGUGAAUUGAAAACGCCGCCAUGGCCAAGAGUAUUAAACAUAUCACCUGGACCUGUUAUUGAUAGUGCCAUGAUUCAAAAUCUACCCUUUGAGAACCGCCAGUUACUUUUGAACCAUAGUAAAGACGGUUCUAAAGCAACUACAACAAAAGAGAUAGCGGAAUUGAUAUGGAGGAAGUAUACAUGCCUAUAG